GUUCAGCAUCAACUUGCUUAUCCAAGCCUUUUGGGCAAACCAGCAAUUUCAAGAACCACAGCCUUCCCCUGACAAGGAUCAAAGAAGAUUAUGAAGGCUGACGAGUAUGUUAGAAUGGUUCUCACUGUUUUCAGAACCAAGCUUUAUCUUUGACGAAGAAUGGAUCAUGAAGGAAACAACCAGAAUCCACAAAUGGAGGUUGUCGGGAGCGGAGGUCAAAUGCCGUACGGUUCUAACCCAUAUCAGUCGAACCAAAUGACUGGGGCUACAGGAUCAGUUGAUACGUCGGUCGGGGGCAUGCAGUCCACUGGUCAACCUGCUGGACCUCAGCUGGGUCAGCAUGAAUUUGCUUAUCAGCAUAUUCAUCAGCGGCAACAACAGCAACUUCAGCAACAGCUGCAAGCCUUUUGGGAAAAUCAGACCCAAGAAAUGGAAAAGGUUACUGAUAUCAAGAACCACAGUCUUCCCCUGGCAAGGAUUAAGAAGAUUAUGAAGGCCGAUGAGGAUGUUAGAAUGAUAUCUGCUGAGGCACCAAUCUUAUUUGCAAAGGCCUGUGAGCUGUUCAUAUCGGAGUUAACUCUGCGUUCUUGGAACCACACUGAAGAGAACAAAAGGAGGACACUUCAGAAAAAUGAUAUUGCUGCAGCAAUCACAAGGACUGAUGUCUAUGAUUUCCUGGUUGACAUUGUUCCCCGUGAUGACCUGAAAGAUGCUCUUCCAUACUGCUACAUGCCACCUCAGCAGCCUGCGACGGACCCAAAUAUGUAUGCCGAGCAGCCUCAUCCCUUCAUGGCACCACCAAUGUGGCCACAGCCUUCCGACCAGUGACCACCAUCUCCAGAUCACUAGAUGCUGCUUUGUGGAUAUUAAGAUUGUGGGGAACUGUAACAUGGUGGGGGGUGUGAAACUUUGAAUCAAGGUCCAUUGUUGCGACCAGAAACUGUAGCUUAUCUUUAUGUUUAAUUAAGCUGGGUAAAAUGUUAAUUUUCAGUUUAAUUUUAUUA